CAUCAGACGUCUGGCUCAAAAGCUGCUUUCAAAGCAGUUUACAAUUUACAAUUUGCAAUUUACAAUUUACAUAGCAUUACAAGCCACGCUGUUGAAUUUGCCAUUGGUUGCAAUAGUUAACCACUUAUCAAACCUACAAUCUAAUUCACUACUUUUGUCUCAUUAGGAAUUUAUGGGCGCAAUCUUUCCUUUACUUUCGUUAUACAUGACGUUACCAUCGUCUGCUGUAGCAUGAUGAAUUCUCCUCGCAUCGCGUUGUCACGAACUUGGACAGCCUUGUCCGGUUGUCGCAUUGCCACAUCGGCCCCGAAAUUGCUCCCUUGCGAGAGCCUCUUGCGACAGUUCUCUAACUAUCAGCCAUGGUAUGCGCCUUCGGAAAAGCUCCAAGAAACACCAUCAUACCAGCCCUAUCCCCUAAAUACAAACCCGAGUAGAUCGUCGCAACCGCGCAACGAACCUAUACCAGAAACCUCCAUCGCCAGCCCCAUACCAAACGUUCACGAUACACGACCACCACCUCAGCCAGAAGCAGCUACACAUCCUAAGGUUGCCUUCACAGAACAGGAGGCACAUAAGCCGAAACCAGCCCCUCCGAAGCGCAAGCUAAGACCACGCAAAGCCGCGUUACAACUCACUCCUUCAGCGGUAGAACAUCUUCGCGGCUUGCUAGACCAACCAGAGCCAAAGUUAAUCAAGGUGGGGGUGCGCAACAGGGGAUGCAGCGGCCUGUCCUAUCAUUUGGACUACGUGGACAAGCCCGGAGUCUUUGACGAGGAAGUCGAACAAGAUGGAGUAAAGGUAUUGAUCGAUAGCAAGGCUCUAUUCAGCAUCAUAGGAAGUGAAAUGGACUGGAUUGAGGAUAAGCUGAGCCAACGGUUCAUAUUCCGGAAUCCAAACAUAAAGGAGGAAUGCGGCUGCGGAGAAUCGUUUAUGGUAUAGUGGUGAACAGCAAGCGAUAAUGAGCUAAGAUACUAUUCAUCUGCAUUGGGCGGCGUUACCCCUGUUAUUAUUAGAUUAUACCACCAUCACCACUUAGUUAGAGUAUGUCGACCCGGUCCAUUCAGGUACAACUCCAACAGUCAGUUGUAUCACGGGGAACUUUAUGUCAAUCAAUCAAGCAUUCAUACGUGGAGCAAUGGAUUUCUCACGUACCAUUCACAAAUAAUUACCUAUUGGCUGAUAAUAUCACGCCUACAGUGUACAUUCGGGAAGUCAAGUUGCCAUAGUUAAAGUGUUGCUUCCUAUACUUA